UGGGGCCCCUCCUGCCACAGCCCGGGGCUGGGUGUGGAGGGCAGGCGCUGCCCGCUGUUUGCUUUGGCACCCCCAGCGCUGCCGGACGAAUGUCAGGGAAGGGCCCUUGGAGGUUUCGUGUCCCCUCCCUGGCUCUUCUCCGGGCUCAGCAAACAGCACGAGUGGCACCUCGGCAGCUGGAGUGGCCCCGGCCAUGCCCAGUCACCCGGGAUCCUAUAAAUCCCCCGGGCUCGGGCUGGUAGAAGGGACAGGAGCACACAGCGAGAUGGACGACAGCUCCAAAGAGGCGCUGAUGGAGGAGGCACCUCCGAGGUACACGGAGUCGCCGCGCCUGCCCUGCAUCCCCCACGAGCUCAAGAGCCUCCUGCUGAUGGUGGUGCUGGUGGUGGUGGCCCUCGUGGUGGUCAACGUCACCUUCCUCCUGCUGGGGCUGCACCUCAGCGAGUCACACGCCGAGACGGUGUUGCGGAUGACCAUCCACGGGCUGGAUGGCGAGGGGAACCCCCAGCAGCUCGCCAUGAGCAAGAAGGAAAGGACCGGGACGUUCGCGGUGCGGGACGGGCUCAACGCCUCGGCCACGGUGGUGUACGACUACAGCAAGCUGCUGGUCGGCUACAGGUCCUGGCGUCACCGCGCCUGCUACAUCACCCGCGUGGACAAGGACAACUUCCCGGGGCUGGACGCUGCCACCGAGACCUUCCAGCGCCGGCAGGAUGAGGACACUGGGGACAAGGCCGUGCCCCUGGCUGACCGCUCCAUCCUGGGCACCACCAUCAACAUCCUCUGCAGCAGCGUCCCCGUGUUCUGGGCGUAUUUGGAGGAUGGAGGGCUGGGCUGGGAAUGGGAGGAGGAGGAGGAGGAGGAAGCGGAGGAGGCAGCCAUGGAGAGCAGCAUGAAGCAGGUGGUGCUUGAAGAGGAGGACUCGGAGAAUGGCUGCUGCUGCCCAGGCUGCUGCUUGCCCUGCACCGUGUGCUGCACCAAAUGCUGUGCCAAAUGCGCCCGGUGCUGCUGCCUGCCCAAGUGCUGCGGGUGCCCCAAGUGCCCCAAGUGCCUCGGGUGCCCCAAGUGUCCCGGCUGCGGCGGCUGCGGUGGCUGCCUCAAGAAGUCCCUGUGCUUCGUCCCUCGGCUGCUCUGCUACCUGCCCCGCAAGCUCCUGAGCUGCGGCCACCUCCGCUGCCUGCUCAUCGUGGUGGUCGUGGUGGUCCUGCUGGUGGUCAUCAUCGCCGGCGCCCUGCUGAUGUGGCUGAGCGCUGACCAGCACCACGCCGACACCGUCCUGCGGAGCCAUUUGUGGACUGGACCGGCCUGGGAAGAGGACGCGGCCACUUUCUACCUGGACAGCGGGGACGGGAAUGCGGCCAUGGUCAUCUAUGACUACAAGAAUCUGCUGGUGAGCUACAGACCCCGGCUGCACCGCGCCUGCUACGUGACCCGCGUGGACAAGGACAACGUCCCGGGGCUGGACACCGUGGUCGAGACCUUCCAGCGCCGGCAGGCUGAGGACAGGAUCUCCAUGCCCCUGGCUGACCGCUCCCUCCUGGGCACCACGGCGAGCAUCCUCUGCAGCCUCCUCCCUGUCUACUGGGCUUAGCCUCGCAGGCACCCCCGACAGUCGCAGCCCCGCUGGGAGCAUCGGUGACUCCUCCGCGGCCGGCCCCGCGCCGCCCACCCCGAUUUUGGGGUGCGGGGGGUGAGGAGGGGUCAG